GUAGCCAGCUCCGCUCGUGGAGACGGCCAAACACACAGCAAUGGCGAGGACGACCACCGAACCGCUCCUCCUCCUUCCGCACCAGCAGCAGCGCCAGCCUCCGCGGACCAACCGCGUAUGGGGCGCCGCCGUCGCAGUAGUUCUGGUCCUGCUGCUCUCUCUGCUCUUGCUGCGUCCCAGCAGGCCGUUCGGCGCGCCACCGCCGCCGCGCGUCGAGCUCACCCUCCUCGCCGGCGCCAUGGAGAAGGGAGCCGUGUGCUUGGACGGAACCCCGCCGGGCUACCACCUGCAGAGAGGCUCCGGCGACGGAUCCAACAGCUGGCUCAUCCACCUAGAGGGAGGAGGCUGGUGCAGCACAGUCAAGGAUUGUUCGGACCGCAGAAUGACCAAGUUUGGUUCAUCCAACUUCAUGAGAUCAUUACGGUUCGCCGGUUCUGGGAUCCUCGCCGAUGAUGAGCAACUGAAUCCUGAUUUCUACAACUGGAACAGGGUCUAUGUGAGGUAUUGUGAUGGCGCGUCAUUUUCUGGGGACGCCGAAUAUCAGGCGCAGGAUGGAAGCACACUUCACUUCAGAGGAUUGCGCAUCUAUGAAGCGGUUAUUGACGAACUCAUGGAAAAAGGACUGAUCAAUGCUACACAGGCCCUCCUUACAGGUUGUUCUGCUGGUGGUCUAGCCGCGAUACUCCAUUGCGAUGACUUUAGUGCAAGAUUCCCUCAGGAGGUUUCAGUUAAAUGCCUUAUUGAUGCUGGUCUUUUCCUUGACGAAAAGGAUAUAUCUGGAGAAAGGUCUUUUUGGUCUAUGUAUGAUGGAGUUGUUCAGCUCCAGAAUGUUAGAGAAGUGUUGCCCAAGGAGUGUCUUGUCGACAAGAAGCCAACCGAGUGUUUCUUUCCGGUUGAGGUUAUUAAAACCAUACAAACACCCAUGUUUAUAAUCAACUCUGGAUAUGAUUCAUGGCAGAUACAAAACAUUCUUGUACCAAACUCAUCUGCUCCUGAUAAUUCAUGGUUGAGUUGCAAAGACAACAUCCGAAACUGCAAUUCCACGCAGAUUGAAUUCAUUAAUGGAUUUAGGAACACAAUGGUUACUAACUUGAAGGUCCUCAAAGAAAAGGAGGAUUGGGGCAUGUUCAUCGAUUCAUGCUUCACUCACUGCCAAACACUCUCUAGCAUGUCUUGGAAUUCACCAACCUCACCGAGGCUUGGAAAUAAGACUAUUGCAGACGCCGUUGGAGGUUGGUACUCUGGAAGGAGACGAGGAGUGAAAGACAUUGAUUGCCCGUGUCCAGGCAACCCAACAUGCAAUAGCUUGUUGCCUACAUGAUUUUUUAGUACAUUUGAUUGCCUCAAGAUUUACUACUUAAAGAUUCAAUAAAAUAAGGAGAAGCUCGGAAUCAUCAUAUUGUAUUGUUUAUAAAAGUAAAAAUAAUGAUCAUCUGUAGUGGAAUUAA